AUGGCACUGAGAGAAAGCAUCAUGAAACAAAUGCAAAUCACUUUUCCUAGUCUAGCAUGGCUUCUGCCAUCUAGAUUGUUCUGGAAGCCAGAUGAAGUUCUUGUGCAAACAGAUAAGAAAAAUUUUUCACUUAACAAUCUGGAAGAAUAUUUUAGGGGUUUAUCAUAUCCAGAAGGCUGGGAGAUGAGAAAAGAUACUGAACCCUACCAACUCCAUUUUCAACCACCAGGAGUUGAAGUCCACUGCUUGUAUGGUGUUAAUGUACCAACAGUGGAAAAGUACUCCAUUUUUCUAGGCGUUACGUUUACUGAUGUACGAGGACGGUUCAAUAAAUACCCGUGUUUGACGACAGAGGGCGUUCCUGACGGAAGUUAAUAGGUAUUAUCAUCGUGUGCUGUCAUCUAUCAAAAGACGGCACAACAAAUUUCAGACUGAUUGAUAGGUUAUAUUGGAUUUGGCAGCCAUUCUAGUAACACGUGUUUCGUGAUUUUCGCUAAGAUGGAAAAAGAGCAGUAUCGUUCGGUAAUUCCCUUUUUGUUUCUGGAUGGGAAAAUAUGCGAGGAGACAAAAGCAAAGUUAGAUGCUAUUUAUGGGGACACUUCGGCAUCUAUCACCACAGUUAGGUAUUGGUCAAAUGAGUUUAAACGUGGGCGAACAUCCGUUUUUGAUGAGGAUCGAC